AUGCCAAGAAAGCGCACCAGCAACACAAGCACAAAAUCCAACAUUCUCCCCACACCCUCUCCUGAGACAAGUAAAACCACAAACACCAAACGAAAGAAAGGUGAAGAUGAACCAUCCACUUCGACCUCACCAUCGGCCAGUGGUACCAAAAAGAGAAAAAGUAAUUCCAGUGCAAGCAGUAGUGGCAGUGGAGCAAGUGCCAAGCCAUCCACAUCAUUUGUUCCAAAACCUUGGCAUUUGGAAGUACAACCAAAAAUUGUUGAAAAGCUCUUCCAAGACGUCUAUGUCAUUCCAGAUUAUCAGCGUCCCUAUGCUUGGGAAGUGAAGAACAUUAUUGAUCUGUUGAAAGAUAUUCAUGAUGAGUACAAACAGCAAAAACAAACCUCGAGCUACUUUAUUGGAUCCAUUGUUCUCAAACAACCUUCAGUCGGUGAGAGAAAGCAAGUGAUUGAUGGUCAACAAAGACUCAUUUCCCUCUCGAUUAUUCUUGCCAUGAUUCGACAUUGUCUCAAAGCAUGGAGUCCCAUAGACAUUCAAGAAUGUUCAACCAUUUCACACAUGUUAGUCGAUACGGUCUAUCAUCAUGGAGGUAGAAUCCAAGUACUCAAUGAUAGAGGAGUGGCCAAUACUAAUGACACGUUCUUUCAUAAAUAUGUACUCCAAGAAGGUGGUUUUGAACAAAUGUUGAACAAAGUUGGAAAAAAGUCGAUCGACCUCAAGAUUUGCAACAUGGAUGGCCUUAUUCAAGAUUUGGAGGAGAAGAAAAUUGUCUACUCUGCUACUGCCAUUAAUUGUGCUACGAAUUACAUUCAUGUCUUUCACAAACUCAAAAAGUAUUUCCAGGAAAAUUGUGACGAAUUAAUCAACUUUUUCAAAUUCUUCACCAAGAAUUGUGUUGUGGUAGCUAUUGAAGUUCCUGCAGACGCUGAUGAAAUGAACAUCUUUGGAACAUUGAACCUUAGAGGAAAAGAUUUGUCUCCAAUGGACAAGUUGAAAUUAGAUUUUGGUGUGAAAUUUAGUUGCAGUAUGGAUGGUGGAUUUGAUGAGACUGAAAAUGAAUUACCUACCGUGGCACAUUGGAAUAAGAUAUCCCAAGAGUUAGGUGAAGAAGAUUUUACAUUGCUCUUCGAAACGAUUUAUCAACUCAAACACACUCCAACCAAUGUCAAGACGAAAGAGAGAAAUUAUGUUGGACUUUUUGAAGAGAUUGUUGAAGAUAUUAAGCAACACUAUUCUCAAAACUCGGCUCAAGAAUUUUUAGGUUCUACUUUCAUGAAACAUUACAUGCAACCUUUAUUCGUUGGAUCUCAAUCACGAUUCUCCCACAAAAGACCAGAGUGCUUUAAAGCAAAUAUGAAUAUUCAGAAAUGUCUAAGCAGAAUCAAUUUUAUAGCAGACAAUUAUUUACCAAAGGAUCAAAAGCAGUCCUCUAAUAUUGUAGUUUCAAUUCUAUUGGCAAUGAUUAUCUGUCAUAAAACUCACCAGAAAUUUAUGACAUUUGACAUUUCAGAGCUGAACCAAGGUUUGAUUGAAAAACUUAUCACACUAUGGCAUAACCACGUCAUGUUAGUCUGUUUGUGCGACACUGGAAAAGUGAAAUUCAAAGACAUGAUGAAAGAAAUUCAAAGUAUUUUAAAAGGCCCUAAAAGAAAAACAGUGGAUGCAGAAGUUGAAAAGCUUUUACUAAAGGGAAAAAGUAAAGGAGCCGACGAUAAGGUGGAUUUCACUAAAUGGGAGGAAAAGAUUCAAAGACAAGUUCAUGAAGGGUCAACCAGUGAAAGAGACAAAAAACAAACUUCAAGAAUGAUGAAAGUUUUUGAAAUAAUUCUUCCAAUCAUUAACGACCAUCUAGGAAAUACCAGUGAAAAGGAAAUUUUGUACGAUCCAUCAUGGAAAAUAGUCAAGAUAUUUAGAGAAAGUCAAUCCAAAAGGGAAAGCAAAGAUAAGAAAAUUGGAAACUUUACACUUGUCACAGCCAAACAAAAAGACGAAGCCAAAAAACUCUCCACCACCGACCUCAUUAAGAAAUUGCAAAAAAAGAAUGGCUUGAUUAUUAACAACUCUAGCAACCUUCCUCAACAAUUCAACCUUGACGAAUGUGAAGAGAGAACAGAAAUGUUUAUCGAAACCAUUAGGGCUAUUCUUGAUUUGAGAAAGAAUUAA